UAACUAGUUCUAAAUCGUCUGACGAAAAAUUGAGAGAAAUUAAAAAUUAUUCUGGUAUCAAAAAACUAAUAUUGUUUGUUUUUUCUGGAAUGGGAUCGCACUGGUCUGUUACAGGUCAAAGUCUAAUGAGAUUCCCUAUAUUUGCUAAAGCUAUAGAGAAAUGCGAUGCUGUAUGAAAGCAGUAUAAAUUGAAUAUUUAUAAAAUUUUAACUGAAAAAGAUAAUAGCAUGUUCGACAAUAUCUUGCAUUCGAUCGACGGAAUUGCUGCAGUUCAGAUCGGCUUGGUAGAUCUUUUAACUACCGUAGGUGUAGUACCAGACUACAUCAUCGGACAUUCCGUUGGUGAACUUGGAUGUGCCGACGCAGAUGGAUGUUUUACAGCAGCGGAAAUGAUAUUAGCAGCAUAUUCGCGAGGAAUUGCCUUGAUGGAAACAGAAAUAUCUCAUGGUUCUAUGGCAACGGUAGGGCUUUCCUAUGAAGAUCUGAGAAAUUGCUGUCCUGUUGAUAUCGACAUCGCAUGUCACAAUGGAACUAAAAGUACAACUGUUAGCGGACCGUCCGAUUCUGUGAAGAAAUUCGUUAAAAAAUUACAGGCAACUGAAGUUAUCGUGGAAGAGGUAGCGUGCAAUAAUAUACCUUAUCAUAGACGAUAUAUAGCAGCAGUUGGAUCAAAACUUUUUGUAUAUUUAAAAAAAGUAAUACCAGUAGCGAAGGAAAGUAGUGAAAAAUGGCUCAGUACAUCGGUGCCACGAAACGCGUGGUCGACAUCAGCCGCAAAACUCUUGUCAACUGAGUAUCACACCAAUAACCUGUUGAAACCUGUACUCUUUGCAGAAUCAUUAGUUCUGAUUCCGAACAAUGUUGUCACAAUUGAAAUUGGAUCGCAAAAUCUACUACAAGCGACUUUAAGAAAAUCAUUGCAACCAACCGUCAGGAAUAUUGCAUUAAAUCAUCUAAAUGAUAAAAAUAACGUGAUCAUUUUUCUGCAAGCAUUAGGGAAGAUUUAUAACAGCGGUAUACAGCUAGAUCUUACUAAAUUAUAUCCACACGUAGAAUAUCCGGUCAGUCGAGGUACUCCAAUGAUAUCCCCACUUAUUAAAUGGAAACAUUCAGACGACUGGUUUGUGACAGAUUACAAUAGACAAGAGAGAAUUGAUUCUGGUGAACGAAUAUUUGAAAUAUCGAUCGAUUAUGUAGAAUUUCAGUACGUUAUUGGUCACGUGGUCGAUGGCAGAAAUUUGUUUCCAGCGACAGGAUAUUUGUGUUUAGUUUGGCAAACUUUCGGCAUGAUAAUAGGACAAUUGUACACGGAAUUAUUUGUUGUCAAUGAAAAUAUAAAGUUUAAUCGAGCUACCUCCAUUCCGAAAAAAGGCAAAAUUGAAAUGAUAGUCAUGAUUCAAAAAGGCAGUGGUAAUUUCGAAGUGGCCGAAGGAGGUCUUGCUAUUGUUACUGGAGUGAUACGUGUUGCAACAAACUUGUUACAAGAGAAAAUACCCCUUGAUUUGAUCAAAUCAAAUAUUGGCAAUGAGAAGGAAGAAUUAGAUGAGAAAGAUAUUUAUAAAGAGCUGAAACUGCGUGGUUACCAAUAUAGCGGCCUCUUUCGAAGUUUAAACAGUGCCUCAGUUUCAGGAAAAAAAGGACAUAUCGAGUGGAAAAGAAAUUGGGUAGCAUUCCUGGAUAACAUAUUGCAGAUGAAAAUACUCAUUUUAGAUACCCGAGGUUUAUUCGUACCGACUGGUAUUCGAAAAUUGAUAAUAGAUACUAGAGCUCAUCAACGAUAUCUGCAAAGUUUGACAACCAAUAAAAAAUAUGUACCUGUACAAUUAUUUGAGGAUAUUGAUGUGAUUGUAACAGAGGGUGUGGAAAUUCAUAAUAUUAGGGCCAGUGAGAUUGUUCGGAAGAAACCUGUCAGUGAUCCAAUUAUCGAAGAACAUAAAUUCAUUGCUUAUCGUGACAGAAGGGAAAUGUCAUUACGCGAAAUAUUAACGUUAUGUAUGCAUAUUACUCUUGAGAAUAUACCAAUGAAGAAAGUGAAAACAAUAGAACUCGUUGAGGAUAAUGACAAUAUAUCUGCGGAAAAACUUGUUUCUCCAUUGUUCAGAGACAUUCUCGCCAAUUUACCUUCGAUUCAAGCAAGCAUUAAUUUAUUUGCACCACCAAAGAAAUUUAGCGAAGAAGACAUUCUUAAAUAUGUUGAAAUUUCAAAAUCAACAAAAUUACGAACAGAUGAUGUAGCGAUAUUAACAGUUGCAUGUUGUUUAUUAACCAAUGAAAAAAAGGAAAGUUUAAAAUAACUUUUAAAAUCUACAAAAGAUGGGGCUUUCCUUUUAUCGUGCGUAAAGGAAAAUAUACCAUUGGACUAUUCUAUUCUAAAGGAAUUUCGAUUAGGUAUAGUUUUGGAGAAACGUGCUUUCGAGGAAUCGUGGAUAUUGUUAAAGAAGAUCAAGAAAAUUUCGAAAAAUAUUCUAUGUAUUAAUGUUAGGAGCAAUGAAUUUAACUGGUUGAAUGAAGUAGAAAAUGUGCUUGCCAAUGAAACACAAGAAGAUAACACGAGAGUGAUACUUGUUGAGGAAGGAAACUUUGAAUCUUGUCUGUUAGGAUUCAUUAAUUGCUUACAGAAAGAAUCUGGAGG